AUGCGUAUCCUUUCGCUAGCUGCCCUGGGGUUGGUGUGCAUCGUCGCAUUUGUCGGUGCCAUCGGAACGGAGGUUAAGGAUGAGACCCAACGCAACACCGCCUUGUCGGCCAACAUGAACAACUACAUCGAUGUGGUAAUGAUCCAGGUUGGUCCGUGGAUGAACACGCACCUGGUUCCCAUGGCACUGCCCGAUGUGGUAGAGGGCUUCGAGCACCGCCCGAUCCUGAUUACCUACCACGGUGAGCUGGCCCUGACGAACGGAGUUUUCCACACGAUCCACAGCGUGGGUCGCAAUGGUAACGCGAUGAUGCACUACGACCGUCAGUUGCUGCGCGUUUCGCUUGGAGCCAACAUCCGUCAGCUGGGCUUCACCUACGACUAUUCCGCCCACAUUAUGGACCUCGGACCGACCGGUUUCGUCGACGUCGACGUCGCUACGAUGACGUUCAACAUCGAGCUCAUCAUCGACAUGACGGAUUUCUACAUCUGGAUGCAGGACUUCCGCCUCACCAACAUGGGCAACUUAAGCAUUCGUUUCCGUGGUAAUGCCCUGGUGGACUGGCUGGCUAACAUUUUCGUGAGCGUCGUUACGUCCGUUUUCCGCAACACGAUCACCAACGUGGUGUCAAACGGAGUGCACGACUUCCUUCAGGCCACCAUCGACGACAUGAACUCGCGACUGCGUGGACGCGCUAUUACCGAGCAGGAAGCAGCUGUGCUGAUUGAAAAUCUGAAGAAAAUGCUCACUCACUAG